AUGGCACUUUCUUUUCCACUGAUCGCAAUUCAUGACAGAAUUGUACCAGUUCCUCCAGAGAAUAGAACUGAUACGCGAUUAUACCAACUGUUCUUCAUCUGGUUCUCCGCAAAUGCGAACAUCUUGACCCUGACUGCAGGCACCGUGGGCCCCGCAUUCUACGGCCUCGGAAUUAGGGAGUCAUUCUUGAUGAUAAUAGUCGUCGAUCCGUACACAACUUUACUCCCGCUCAGUGCCGUGUUCGGGCCGAAGCUAGGGACGCGCGCCAUGGUGCAAUCGCGAUUCGCGUGGGGUUACUACGGCGCGAUCAUACCGAGCGUGUUGAAUGUCAUCUCAUCCCAAGGCUACCUCAUAAUCAACACGAUUAUAGGCGGUCAGGUGCUUGGGAGUGUUUCGACUCACGUCAAUGCAACUAUCGGCAUCGUCAUAAUUGGGCUAAUAACGCUUGCCUUGGUCUUCAGUGGAUACCGGGUGUUGCACUGGUACGAGACUUUCGUAUGGAUUCCGAACGUCAUAGCUCUUGUCGUCAUGCUGGGUGUCAGCGGAAAACAUAUCACCAAAACUGCCUUGACCAACCCAGCGCCCGUUUCGGUAUCCACUCUCAUGACCGCCGGCGCAACGCUUGCAGCAACGAACGUAAGCUGGUCACCUCUAACGCCUGAUUACGGGGUUUACCACGAUCGAAAAGCCAGCUCCUGGAGAGUUUUCAUCUAUGUGUAUCUCGGUUUGUUGACGUCAAGCAUGCCGGCACAUCUGCUUGGGGCCGCGUUGACAGCUACUGCGUACCAUGUUCCUUCCUGGGAAGCCGGGCUCGGCAAUGGCAAUGACAUAGGAGGCCUCGUAGCAGCCAUCCUAUCACCUGCCGGCGGCUUCGGCAAAUUCUUGCUCGUAUUGCUAGCCCUGGCUUCUCCCAGCCAGUGCGCACCGUCAAUGUACACGGCAUGCACCAGCUUCAUGACAAUCUCGGCUGUGCUUGCGAGGAUUCCCAGAUUCGCGCUGUCCAUCAUCUCGACGAUCAUUCUCAUACCUGUCGCCAUUGUCGGAUCUUCCAGAUUCUACGCGACCUUCGUCGACAUCCUGGGCUUCAUUGGGUACUGGAACGCGCCGUUCUGCGCUAUCGUGCUGGCAGAGCACUUCGUCUUCCGCAAGAGCAGGUGGUCCUCGUACCAUGUCCUCGAUGCAUGGAACAAACCCGACCAUCCCAACCUGGCCAGAGGUUAUGCUGCCGUCUUCACAUUCGUUGCCGCCAUUGGGUUCAUCGUGGUAUGCAUGGAUCAAGCAUGGUGGGUUGGCCCUAUUGCUCGUGCUGGCACAGGCGACAUUGGGAUGUUAUGUGGCUUUACGCUGAGCAUCCCGUUGUUUGUGUGUGCGAGGUGGCUGGAGAGGGUAUGGAGCGGAGUUAAGCAUGUGGGAUGA